AUGUCUAGCCUCUCCGACGAUGGCUCUGGCUCACUCAACCUGCAUUCGACUCGUUCAUUUACCAGAAUGGACACCUUCGACACACAAUCUCCAACUUCCAAUAAGCAGGCAACAGCCGAGCUGCUAGAUCAAUCACUGCCAACUGCCGAUGAUGGUGGACAAGGAAAUAGCCCCGAUUUAUUCGAGAGACGAGGUUCGGCUGAUUCUGCUGGCACAGGGGAUUUGCAGAGAAAUGAAGGAUUCGUGCUGUCACAGAGUGUUGAUGAUCCAUCCGAAGAGCUCCCAAUCGAGCUCAUCAGCUUAUCAGAUCGAUUUGUCAACUCUUUGAGCGCCAAAGUUCACUCCUCUCCCCCCACCAUCGAGAAAGUCUCCUCCCUAUUCCAGGUUUUCUACAGCCGUGCCGAGUCUCAUAUCGCGACCCAUAUUUCCACGCUUGCAUCUCGUAUUAACCGUGAUCCGUCUCCUCAAGCUCCCUCAAAGUCACCAGGAAACCCUUUAUCGAAAUUGAGCGGCAAGAUCUCCCAUGAUGAUGUACGAAGUACAUCUGCUCGACAGAUGUUAACCGUUGAAGAAGUAUCUGAAAAACGGAGAGCGCGCAAGGCUCUAGAAUACAAACGAGGUGCAUUGGAAGAAGCUGCAGAGCGAAGAAUUUGCGAAACAGUCUACGAUAAGAUCUGGAGGCACAGUAGCACUUUGGAUGAUGUUCGGGAUGAAAAACUACGUUCUAAGACUGCAGCUUUGUUGCUAGUUGGCAUUAACCUCAAGGACCUUGGUAUCGAGCUUGACAUGACGACAAUCGACGAAAAGAAGCAGCAAGAGGCGAACGACUGCAUUGCCCAAGCACGUGAGCAUCUUGAGAAGAUGAACGACUACAAAUACCCGCUUGGCAAGCUCCAGCAAUUAGCAGCUGCCCACAAAGCCAUUGUUGAUGCUCUUACCAAACUUCUCCCCUCUUCCUCUUCCGCAGACGAGAUUCUGCCCACUUUGAUCUAUUCACUCAUUACAUGUCCACCAGAAGGCAUUCAUAUAAUCAGCAACUUUCUCUUCAUCCAACGAUUUAGGUCAUCCACCAAAAUCGACGGCGAGACUGCGUACUGUUUGACCAACCUGGAAGCUGCUAUCUGCUUCCUCGAAAAUGUAGAACUAUCAAGUCUACGUGCAGACGAGCUGCAGGAAGGUCCCCCAAAGACUGCGAGCGCAUCAGCAACUCCAUCCUCGGAGCGGCCGGAUCCUUUCCGACCAGCAAAAGAAACCACAACUUCAUCUGUCACAACGGUUUCGGCAUCUCCAGAGCUUUUGAAACCAGAGAUCAAGCCAACAUCUGCAACUUUACCGAGGCCGCAACCCUCACCACAGCAAAGGCGCCUAAGCAAUCUCUUCCAACCUCCCACGAAAGUCCUCGAAGCUGCAAACGAUGCGGUUCGCAGCACUGCAGAUCAGGGACUGAAGAAUAUUGGCGCAUCUCUAGACAACAGCUUCAAUUUUCUGUUCGGUCGUCUCAAGGAACUCCAGACCCAAGCUCCCAAUUCACAAGGAAACGGUUCAGUGUUGCCAAAGACGCUUGCCGAAGCUCGUCGUCUAGUUGCCAUGCCACCAGCCAAUCAGCCAUCUCUUAGCCCAGAAGACCUAGCCUCAAUUAACGCCACUCACUCCGAAGGCGGAACACCAAUCCGCAACUCAAGAGCUACGAGUCUCGCCAGUGAAGGCCACACACCCCGUGAUCGAAGCAUCGAUAGUGCGAGACUACGAGCCAAAGCAAGUGUCCAUUCGUUACGAGAGGAAGCGGUGUCAACGCCAUCUUCAGUCACCACACCCAAUCCCAUCGAAUCUAUGCGAUAUUUUGGUAACACCCUUAACCCUCUUAACCAUAUUCCAGGGAUGAUCAAGAACUUUGGACGUCAAGUGCCAGAAACACCAGGCACGAGAUCAUUGUCCCCAGCGCCCUUAGACCGCCGGAAGACUUCACCUCCUUCAAUGGAGGCUCCUACUAUCACCCGAAGUCCAGUUCCACCACCACAGAUAAUUGAUCCUCCCAUUCAGCGAUUCCUUCAGAUGAAGGACGCCCGUGAUCUCCGCAUUGGAGACGUUGCUUCUCUACUUGAUGAUUAUAAGCGUCUAGCUGCCGCUCUUUCUAAAAUUGGAGCUGGAUCUCGAUGA